AUGGCAGUACUCAUCAAUACCUUUGUCACCUCUUCAAUCUACAACUCUCUGCCCCACAUCAAGGAUGUCUCCGACGUGCCUACGGAGAAUCGCGAAGAUCUCGAGAUUCUUCGGGCGUUGUUGCUCAAACAUGAUGUCCCUGAAGCUGUCUCUAUUCGUUUGAUUCAUAAGCAUUACGACGCGCUUGACGGGGAAGUGAUGGUUUUCGACAAGGUGAAGCUUCCGGCAUACGGCACUGUGCAGACGAUGAGACCCGUGGUCCCGCCUAAGGAUUCAGGAUUCUGUGGCAUUCACUAUUUUGUGAAUGACCAGGGCGCUCUCCAGGCCUAUGAGUAUGCCACGUGUGGCGUUCCUGAUACUUCCAAUCUCGGUGCCUUCUUUGCGGAAUUUUGCCACAUUGUCACCGAACGCAACCUCCAGCACAAGUUCGGUCUAAAGAUCAAGACCAUCGACGAGCUAGAUCAGACCGGAUGGACUGAAUAUGAACUUCAUGCCAAACGCAUCACCGUGAUGUUUCCGGAUGGGAUCCCGCAGCCUCAGGGGGACAGCUGCGAAGUUGGUCAUCAAGGGUCCGACUUCACUGUCACCACGGAGUGGCUUGGUUUGGGAGAGAACAAGAGAGACAACGCGGAAGAAAACUAUAGCGAGGAGGACUUUUGCAUUGGUGGACACAAGGUCAUGCCUGGAACUCCCGUCCAUGAGAUUCUCAAUGCUGUGGUGGAGGCAUACUAG